AGUUUUUCUUUGCGGCAUGGACCUGCUGUUGCUGUGAUUUUAUUUUACGUUACAUAAAUUUCGGUUUGGAGGGAUUAAGUUAUUUAAUGAUUGACGCGUAAAAUGAAAAUGGAAAGUUCGGACAAGGUGAAAUACGUUCUCUGGUUCGCGCAGGAACACGUUAACUUUAGGGCCGCCGAUAUUGAAUCUGUUGCGUCUAUAUUCAAUAUUGAAGUGAAUUACCACACUGAAAUUAGUGAUGUUCCGUAUUGCAUCGUUGAGUUGCCAAGUGAGAAAGAGGCGCAUUUGCUGGCCAGUCGGUGCAUUUCCCUGAGAUCAGUGCUGGAACUGUGGGGUCACGGCAAGACUAAUGAAGAGCUGCACCUCAGCAUCCAACAAACUCCAAAGGAACGAAUGUACCCGCAUUUCGUCCCUGAAAAAUCGUUCCGAUUGACAGUAGAGACCUUCUGCAAAUCGCUUUCUAUGAAGGAAAAAGUAGAAAGAAUCGAGUCCUUUAGCUACCUGCCCAUUGAGGGAAACGUGAAUCUGAAAGACCCGGACGUGACAUUUUACCUCCUUGAAUAUUUUGGACAGGACUCUAAUAAUAUUCCUGAUCAACCUUAUGAGCUGUUCUUUGGCCGAUGGGUUGCUGAUGGUCAGCGGUCGUUAAUUCAAAAAUUGUCUCUCAAAACGAGGCAUUUUCUCGGAAACACGAGCAUGGACGCUCAGCUCUCCUUGUUGAUGGCCAAUCAGGCCAAAAUUGUGCCCGGAAGCUUAGUUUACGAUCCAUUCGUCGGCUCCGGCUCGUUAUUAGUCUCAGCAGCUCAAUUUGGAGGCUAUGUUAGUGGUGCUGAUAUCGAUUUUCUAAUGAUUCACGGCAAAUCGAGACCAGUCCGACCAAAUCAAAAGGUUAGGGAAAAAGGGGAAAGCAUCAAAAGCAACAUGCAGCAGUACAAUUUGUCGUCUAAAUACGUGGGCGUCCUUGUGGCAGACUUUGCACGGCCGCUCUGGAGGCCGGACGUCCGUUUCGACGCGAUUUUAACUGAUCCUCCGUAUGGUGUGCGAGAAUCGACGUUCAAGGUUGGCUCGUGGCGCGGUCCAGACAUCAAGCCGAUCGCGGAAAAGCACCUGCCGCACCACAUUCCUGCAAAGGUUGACUACGACCUGCAAGAACUGAUGAGGGACCUGCUCGAUUUCGCCGCCAACCACCUCUGCAUGGGAGGCAGACUGGUCUUCUGGCUUCCAAUCUGCAGGGAGGAGUACGACGAGGAGAAGAGUUUGCCGAAGCACAAGUGUCUGCGGCUGAUCUACAACUGCGAGCAAGUUCUGAGCUGCCACUCAAGCAGGUUGUUGCUGUGCAUGGAAAAGGUGAAGGAGCCAGUCACCAAGGAGAAGACGCCGCCGGCCGAGCUGACGAGCACGACCAGAUUCCGGCACAGGUACUUUGGCGGCAAGGAACAAAAGGAAUAAGAAAGCAGUCAAACAACGUGUAUUACUUAAGAGAUCUUUAUUUGUUUCAUUGUUUUAUUUUCCUCUAAUAUUGUAUAUACACAAAAUAAUGAAAGUUUGAUCUCGGAAAAUAA